AUGGUUCGUGCGAUCCAUGAGGAUAUACAAAAGCUAAUGAAGGAGGCAGAUGAUCAGGAAUUGGUGCUUAUGUUGUCAACUCAGAAAUAUAUUCGGAUGGCCACUUGGAUGUUAUGGUAUCCUGCGCUAUUGACGGGGAUCAUCGCGUUCACGGACUCCUUAUACCGAACGGUUUUACUCACUCUAUCCGUAUUCAACAUAACCGAACGCCGGGAUGAACAACAGUACAUCUUCCUAUUAAAGGUCUAUCCUUUCGGAGAUGUGUACAACAACUUUGUGUUCGGCUUAUUUGGCGCCUGGUACGCUCUUGGGCUGGGAAUCAACACUAUUCCCCUGUGGAAUUCUUUCAUCGUGUGCCUCAUUAAGUACGUGCACCUGAAGCUGCUUAUACUCAAAAAGCGGGUGACGGAGAUGGAAAUCACGCGCUUCAAUCCGCUCUUAGACCUGGAUCGCCUGACACCCGCUCAGCUGAACCGUUGGCGAAUGCGGCUCAUAAAAGAGUUCGUGAAAGAGCACCUGAAGAUCCGGAGAUUUGUCAAGGAGUUGGAGCAACUAAUCUGUUUGCCUGUCUUGAUAGACUUCAUUUUCUUCGCCAUUUCGAUCUGUUUUGAGCUAUAUGCCCUUAUUGUAGGCCAUGAUGAUUUGUGCUUCGCCUAUUAUUCAACACCCUGGUAUGAAUACGACCCUCCAAUGAAACGAACGAUUCUCUUUAUGAUGAUGCAUGCCCAGAGUCCGUUGCGGAUUCGUGCCCUGAUGUUCCCAGUGGAUCUGAAAACCUUUUUAGACAUUGUACUUGGGGCCUACAAUUACUUCAACAUACUGCGUGGAUUGUAUUAG